CACGCCCGGAUGUAAAUAACGGGAACUAAGCAGUGACAAAAGCAUUUGUAGUGAAAUUGCUGUUUUUCGAAGUUCCUCUUUGCUUUAAACCUCUUUAAAAAGCCUAGAUUUAACCCGAUAACAGCGCGGGAAUAUCAUUAUUAACUCGUUUACAGUUUAAUUCCUUAUAUUCCUCACAGCCCGCCGGCCUGAGUCUCUCUCUCUGCAGCUGCGCAGUCCGGCUCUGCCUGCCAGUUUGUUUGUUUGCUGCAGUGCUGUGUCUGGUUUAGUUUAAUAUCGAGAAUAAUAAAUCAGAUUAUAGAGGAGGAUUAUAGAGAUUAAACCGGCCACGAUGUCCAUGACGACGCUGGGGAAGAGCCAGGCAUUCUGUCGAAAUGUGUCCAAACUUGAGCGCUUGAACACCCGGGUUAGCAAGCUGCUAACGGUGGCGGUGCAUGAGGUCCUGGAGGUGGUGAGAGAGACGGUGUCAGAGUAUCAGGAGAAAACUGCGCGAACACAGCGGGAGAACGAGAGACUGCGCCUGAAGUUACGGGAUGCACUGGAGCAGCUGGAGAAGGAGAGGGAAGUGUCCCAGCGUUGCACCGCCUCCUUGUCAGUCAACAGCUUGGCCACUCAGACUCUGCGCUUACCUGGCCCAGAUGUUUCCUGUUUAAGGCAGGAGUCUGCAUCUGCUCGGAUGGAGGAUCCAGCUGUUAAAAUGGAAGAGAGAACUCCUGCUGCAGAGACAGUGUGUGACCUGAGAGUCGCGCUAACCUUAGCUGACAUGUGCGCAACUGAAGCGGAGCACGACAAAAACGAAAAUGAGCAAGCCUCUGAUUCCUUACCCGCAGACUGCAUUCAGACCAUAGUAGUGGAAGACAUUAAAACUGAAUCUGCUGCUACAGAACACUCCUCACCACAGCAGCAGAUAGCCCAGGUUUUUGAUGAGGUUUCUGAGAAUCACAGCAACCCAGUAGAUAGACAGGACCUCGGUACAACAAGCACCUACAUCGUCCCUUUCACCCAGUCAACUCUCCCUACACCUGGGAGAAGCGCGAUUACAGGAAGAAGCACAAAGUUGGCCACAGAAGGGUUAAAUCGUGGACUUUCAGGAGGAUCCAAGACUCUGCUUGGGCCACGGGGUAUCGAACGGCAUGGCUGCAGGAUAUGUGGGAAGACAUUCAGCCGGGUGGGGAACCUUCGAAUCCACGAGCGAUGCCACACCGGGGAGAAGCCUCACUGCUGCCCCGUGUGCGGCCGCUGCUUCAUUCAAGCGGGAGAUCUGAAGAAACACAAGAGAGUUCACACCGGGGAGAAGCCUUACUACUGCCUGCAGUGUGGCAAAAACUUCAGUCGGAGGGAGAACCUUAAGCGGCAUCAGAAGAUCCACUUAGGAGAGAGUUUACAUCACCAGCGUUUGUGGAUAGACCCUCAGUAGAGCCGGGCAAAAUGUCCUGAAUCAUAUCACAGUUUAUUUUCGCGGAGUUUGACUGCAUUACAUUUUGUAGUUCAGAUUACAUCAGACAGCAAUGCACAGAUCAAUCAAGAAAAACUGCUGCAUUGUUGAGUACUGUUACAUCAUUAUGUGGGGAGUGGGGGGCAUUAAGUGUAUAUAGCAAAUUAAUUCAUACUUUUAUAAUGAUCUUGUUUUAAUGUUAAUAUGUACUAUUAAUACUGUUAAUGAAGGUAUUGCAUAAAUCAAUACUAGAGCAUGGGUCACAACUGCUUUAUUAAUAAAUAAGAAACUGCCCAUCCCUAACCCUCAGGGAGUAUUUAAACAAGUGUUUUAACAUCAGAAGACAUGUACAUUUGAUUAUCUUAAUGCAAAACUAUUAAAAGAAUUAGGUAUAUUUUAAUGCUGCAUUAACUUUGAUCCAAUUCUGGUUGUACUUUAAAGCUGUUUUACCCCUGUUUACAGCACUGCUGUAGAGAUGAGAUGACAGAAAAAGAGACCCAUAAUCUACAGCCCAAUUUUUUUUGAACAGGAAAACUGUUUUAAAGUAGAAAGCAGUUAAUAAACAGCCACUAAACACAAUUAAACAAGCAGCUAACAUUUUUGGAUAACUUUGUGUCAGAACAGUUUGGUUAACCAGGGUUCUGAAAAGCAUUUAGAAGAAAGUAGGGUUUAAGAUGUGUUGAUUUUUUUCUCUUCAAAGAUGUAGAUUGCUCACAUCCAGAUACAUAACUGCACCAAAUGCUGAUAAUGGAUUUUUACUGUGUAAUUUUGUUCACCUAAUAAAGAAGCAUCCAACAAAGGAUU